GCGUUUUAUUUUUCAGCUCUAUAUCGUAAGUCCAUAAAACUAUCUAUCAAUAUAACUAUCUAUCUAUCCACAGAACAGCUGAUAAAACAGGCAGUGGGCGCUCCUGCUGCUUAGCAGCGUAGGCAGUUGAGUUCCCUUCCAGUACACAGGGGACCUGAGCGGUGUGUUUACAAAGAGUAAUGACUAAUAGUUUCUGAAACCCUUUUUUCAUGAAUUAGACAUGCAUGAUUUUAGUUUGAAGUUUAGCUAUUUUCUUUUCUUAAAAGUCAUAUAGAUUAAAAAGCCAGGAAUAAUGAGUUUAAUGACAAUUUGUAGGAAAAUGAACGGAAUAUUAAUUCCUCAAUUCGACUCACUGAAUUAAUAAAAUGAAUUAAGGUUCAAUUUUUAGAAUCUUAAAAUAAUGAAAAUCACAUUAAUUAUUUAUUUUUUUGUCAAAACUUCAGUUUUAUAUUGAAAAAAAAAACACGUAAUAUAUCAUACAAAUUUUGAGAAGCCCUCUGACACAUAUCUUGAAGUAUGCACAAUUUUAUUCAAUAUUUCCAUUAUUGGAAAAGUAGAUAAAAUGGCAGCCUCAUCACUGAAAACUGAACAAGAUAAGAUCGUAAGAAAAUUAAGCCAAAGUUCAAUAAGUGAUAAAAAAGAGAAUGUAAAUACUGGACAGAAAAAAGGACAAACUGAUUUUAUAGCUAGGAACAAAGCUGCAUUUGUUAAACCCUCUUAUAGCAUAACACACCGAAAAAUAAAUAGUGCAACAAAUAAAGAAAACGUUUUAUCGACCAGAAAAAGUGAAGGAACAGCAUCAAGGCCCCAACUAAACCCUAAUCCAUCGAACGUCUCAUCAACCAUUAAAUUAAAUGCCAAUACGUCUGGUAAACUUGCCAAAAAGAGGGUUCCAGAUAAAAGUGAUAAAGUUGACAUUCUGACCGGCUUAGCUGAUCACAACUUGAUUCAGAUAAUUGAGGUGAUUCUUCUGUAUCUAUCUCCUGUAGAUUUAUGGAACUGUAGGCUAGUGUCAACAUGCUGGAGGGAUUAUACUAGAAAUUUAUUCCUGGCUCCAGGUUCAAGGGAAAAAUUGAAAAAAAUUCUCAAAACGAGAUGGUUCAAUGGAAAACAUUCCAGAAUUGAGUUGAAACUGAGUGGAAGCCAGUGCUAUUCCAAUUGUCAAUUAAAUGGAAGGGAUUGCAGUUGUAAGCCUGUGUGCCAGUAUAACAAUGGAUCAUUAGUCUUUCUUUGGGGAGCUAAUAGAGUAAAAGGAUAUAGAAAGUUAAAUGAGCAGACUCCUGAAAAUAUUGAUCAUGUGUUUGAUAGAGAUCAAUACCAAAUUAAAUUCAGUUUAGCAGAGGGUUUGAACCUUGAAACCAACCUAUAUCUCUCCUCCCCAGUAUUCAUGAAACCCAGUAAACCUGUAAAGACCUGCAGAUUCAGAUCACAUAGAAUCCAUUUAUCUGAGAACUCUAUGGAGCUAUGUAUAACAUCAGAGUCUGGAGAAACUAGACAUGUGACCCCAUCAACAGGGAUUGGAAGAGCUAGGCGUAUUGACCAGCUUGCAGCUUCCUGUGGUCGGUUAGCUUUACUCAUGGAGAGCAGGGUUUAUGUCUAUUCAUUAGAGCAAUUGGUUGAUUUAAACGCCGAACCAGCUGAUGCCCUACUGCUGAUUGCAACAAGAAUGAACCAAUCAGAAGUGAUCUUCUACAAGCUGUUCCCUGAUUGGUUAAUCACAGUUGGCAGAGACUACACAAUAACUAUGUUCUCCUAUUGGAAACAAUCUUCGUGCAGUAAAUCGGAAUUCUUUAACUAAAGUUUACUCUCUUUUCAAAGUUUUUUAAUCUUAACAAACUUUAAACAAGAGAUUUGCAGUUUACUAAAAGUUUUCAACUUUCUUGUUACAAUAACAAUUCAUAAUUAAACUAAGGGCCUUGAAAGUACAAAGUUUUUUGUGUUAAUCCUCUGUGUAUUUUUUUUGAAAGGUUAGUUCAUGAACACACGGCUAAGAGUAGUUUUUUCAAGAAAAAAAAAAUGAAACACGUAUUUUAUUGUGAUAAAAAAUAUCUAAUGAAUAAAUGUAUUACACAUAUAUCUAAUGAACUGUGAUAUAAAAAUUGAAUGCCAAUUUAACUUUUUG